AAGUUGACUAUUUUUCUAGGCUUACAAGACUCCGUUAUUGUGGGAAACAACAGAAACAAUCUAACCCCAUUAAACAAAUGGCUUUCACUGGUGAUAAGAAGCGUUAAUUCUCGUUGGAUACGCUGCUGGCGUGCAUCAGUGGACGGCUGGGCUGCAAGUACGUUUCACUCCCGUUGUGACGGCAGGGGACCGACCGUAACAAUAGUAAAGGUCGGGAAAUAUAUUUUUGGAGGAUACACUAGUGUUUCGUGGGGUAAGUAAACAAUGUAAACACUGGUCGAAUUUGAUAACAGCCCUGUCGUUGAAAGAAUUACACUUGACAUGAAGCUUAAAGUUCAGCUGGAUAGUGAGCAAUGGAGUCAAUCAAUCUGCCUUUAAGGACGGUGCUUACUAAUGCCGGAAGUAUUUUUUUUUUCCAGAAAAUGACUAUGUAGAUCAUACCAUUAAAAAGGGCUAUUGAAAUCCAGAAAGAAAACUGGGGGUAACCACGCAUUUUUCGGGGAUAAAUUCACCUCAAUGUGGAGAGAUAAAUGCUUAAUAGGCAUUUUUUUAAAAAAAUAAAAAAGUUAUUUUUCCUCCCAAAUUUCAGAGCGUACACGAUAAAAUAACUGGCCAAAUAAGUUAGGCAGCAUAUGUCGCUGAAAAAUUUUCCGUGGGAUUUUUGUGAUGAUUUCAAGCGACCAGUGUAGAAGUGUUGAGGGGGAUCUAAGGAACAUGUUUAAUGUUCUCGGCAUCUCUGUAAUUCGUGCAGUAGGUACUUAAGGGGCACUGAAAAAUUGCUCUGAGCUUUACAUGAAAACGAGGCUAAGGUUUGGAAAUGCUUAAAAAACGGCUGUUCAGUUACGUUCUUUUCUGUAAAUGUAAAAGUAAUAUUUCAUAAGACAUCUAGGAAUGUUUUAUUACCUCUAGAUUGGUAAAAGGUAAAAAUCCAAAUUUUUAGCUCAAAAGAAGCCAGUUGCCUUUAAUCAGAUGAAAGUAAGAUUCCAUGGAAUAUCAAUGUGGGAGAACAAGUAAUUUAUUGUGCAACAAAUGUGGACAUUCCUGGUUUUUUUCCCGGCACUUAAAAGUUCAGGUAUAAACUAGACUGCUUUUAUAAUAAAAUAAGAAAUUCCGUUUUCAAACUAUGACAGUUAUUCCUGCGGAGCGACCGUAGGGAGCGAGCAGCAACAUAAUCAGAAUUUAAAGGAACAGUAUCCCGUUACUGCGCAUGCGCCAAACUUUGAUUUUUGGACAGGAUGUCGCGAAAUCAAAAGAUGCGAGGAGAGUAAGAGAACCUUGAAAAAUCCGUUUGCAUCACGCUUGACCGGGUUCAAUACGACACGAAAACUUCUCAGGAUUACAGAUCAAUGAUAUAGUUUUCCUGUUAAGUUUCGAUUUGGGCAAAAUCUGGAUUUUUGGCGUUACUUUUAUUGCCGUUGGCCGGAGGACCAAAAGAUUGGAAGCACUUUGAUGCCGAUUGAAGGCUUAUUUCUUCUGCUAGCUUCCAUACAAGCUCAGAUAAUUGUGAAAGGAAUACGCAGAAAUGAAACGGAAAUGAAAGACUGUAAGAAAGAAACCAUUGAGACAUUGAUGUGACUGAGAAGAUCUUGUGGAGGGGAGCAUCGUGAAGCAGGAUGUUUUGCAACGACGCGUUAGUAAACUUUUUUAAAUGAAUCUCCCUAACGUCCGACAAAAUCAAACAAACAGGCGCUACAUGUUUAGAAAAACUAGUGCCAUGAAAUCAUAAUAUAAUUUUUGACUAACCUUUCUAAUGAUUCAUAGCGUUGAGAUUGCAUUUUUAUUUAUGUCUUUCAAACGUUUGAGGCUAGAACGCGAGCAAAUCAGGCAGAUAUUACUAGACUUGGAACAACUGACCUCUGACACGAGUUUCAAAUUAGAAAAUAUGUUUUUAAAGCGAGCGGAACGAGAUUUUCGGGUCGCGAGGCGGCCCAGCUAGCGAUAAAAUCGCGAUAAGUCUUCGAACCGCGAGCCAAAUUUUUAUAUAAGACGAAAGACUUCUUUGAAAGUCUAAAAUAUUACUUGAGAAUAUAAACAACAAAUCUCUGUCGGCGGUGCGGUCCGGAAGGAAAUCUUAUCGAGUCAAUAUGACAGUUCUAUUGUGUUUUGAAGAAAAAAACAGAUGACGCUCGCGCGUGCGCAUAAUCGGGACACUGUCCCUUUAAGGGAAAUAUAUAAGGGGCGACGAAUUCUCGAAUUCAUCACUUUUUACCACAAUGCAUUGCAUUUAACCACACUUUUUACCACAAUGCAUUGCAUUUAACCAGAGAGCAUUGCGCCACGAACAAGUCAGAUAAAAACACGGGGAAGUUCGCAUCGUUCGCUGCCCAGACUCAGAGUUUUCUUUGUAGCAAAUUUUCUACAGCACGGUUAGAGGUCUUACCAAAUUUAAGACACGCAGGAUGUCUUUCAGAUGAGUACGAUGCUUAACUUGGGGAUUGGAUUUCAAUUCAAGAGCCUUUGACUCGUCCAGGUGUUAAACCUGACGAGAAGAUGAGUAUUUGCUCUUCGACUCCGCAACACGGGGGAUAUACAAAUUCCAGCUUGCUAGAAGGUGAUGUGAAAGUGAGAAAAUGUCAUGCCAUGCUAUUCUUAAGAACUCUGCAUGAGCCGAAAAUGGAUGUGAUUUUAACCAUUUGCUUCAAAACAACAGCGGAAAUCGAGAUAACAAAACAUAUGUUUUGUGUCCUACGUUGCAGACAAGGACGUGUAUCGGCGUUUUGAAAAGCAUAAUUAUGUUCUUUCAUUCAUUCAUUGCCAUGAAAUAUGCGUUUACAUUGUUUUUUUGCGGUUAAUAGCUCGAUUAAUGCGGCUGGCGAUCAUCUAGCCGGCGGAAGUUUCACGGAAAAGGAAUUAAGUUAGAGACUUUUCCCAUAAUUACGUAAUCAGUCUCUGUGGUGUAGUGGUGAGGUGUAGUCGCGUCGAGCCGAUGGUGCUGGGUUCGAGUCCUACUGAACUCUUUUUUCCAUCUUUCUUUUUUUUCUGUUUUUUGUGUUGUUGUUUUCUAUAAAUAUAUAGCUAAAUAACUGUUACUUAAUAAAGUGCAAUAAACAGCAAGAAAAGUAUCAUGUUUCCAUGGAAAAGAUAGUACACCCUAUAUUAAAUAUAUGGAUAAACAAUCUGAAUUUCUAUCAUUUCCUACAAUUUACUGUGGGAAAACCAGAAUUGAUAACCACUUGAUCAUUUUUUAAACAACGUUCCCACGAGUUCUUUAUAUAGACUGAUAGUAAUUCAAUGUCAUUUUCGAUUCUUUUAAGUCUCACGGCCUAACUAAUGCCAGUAUCAACAGAAUGUGCCUCAGUAUUACUAUCUUUUAGAUACCCCAGUCAAUAGGCUAUUUAUUUUCUUCAUUGCACGUGCUAAUACAUAUUCCAGUUUUCUGGUUUGGUGUUGUGUGUUGCCACAUGAACAUCCUGAACUAUCUGGGAUACAUAUUGCCGUUACGUCUUUUACCCAGUCUAAAUGUUAAGCUCUACAGUAACAGGAGAGAACAAAGACCUCAAUUUAAGUUUGUGUAUUAUUUGUGGCCAAAAUUAAGCCAAAUGAACGACUUGUAGAGAAACCGACUUCUCAUGACAAAGUAUUGACGUGGAUACAAGAAUGGCCGUCUUACGCCCAUUUAGAAUAUUUCAAAAGUUGGUCAAAAUUAAAAACGUGUACACUUCAAAAGCUUAAGGAUAAAGGAGCAUCGUGGCACAGACAGUGUUCAAGUUGUGCAAGGACGCCAUUUAUAGGGUCAUAUUUCGCAAUCGCUCACAGAUUUUCGAGCAAAAGAGAGACUUAUGCUCGUGGUCUAUAUGGGAAUGCUUAGGCGAAUAAGAGAACGGUAAGAGAAAGAGAGAGAGUUGGCUGGACCUAAUGAAACAAGAAGGAAGAUUUUAAACGUGGCGCCAGAAGAAAUCGGUAGUGUUAAACUUGCCGCAUUACCAGCGUUCCACGGUGAUAUCACGGGACGUUUUUCCUGUCAGAGGGAAACUUUUAUGCUGGAAAACGUUGGUGAAAGCAGAAGAUACCAUAACUGCUUCUGGAAGCCUUAGAGCCACAGUGCAUCCCCUGAGACGAGACAUUGGUCCUUGUAGAGAAGUUUAUAAGCCAGCUUUAUCAGCCUGGCUUUCAAUUUGUCAAUGUGAAAAGGUAUUAAUGUUAGUACCUUUAACAUUGUAUCAAGUCUCUACUUCGGGUCACGUGACCACGCAAAAGUGUCACCAUCAACUACUUAUUAAGUAAGACAUCCCAGAAUAUCGAAACUGAUUGUAGUUUAUGCCAAAAUUCCAAUAAAGGGCCAUUUUUCAGUCGUUUUAUUGUUCAGCCUAGUUCUCAUGCGGGGCAGAACAGUGCUCCUCUUUUAACGCCUUCUAAAAAUCCUCUGCACGCAAUACAAAAGUGCCGACAGCAUUAAACAUGUUCCUUAGGUCCCCCUUAACAGUUCUUUACUGGUCGCUUGAAAUCAUCACGAAAAUCCCAUGGGAAUACCAUUGCUCCUAGACUAAAAUGCUAUGGUAUAAUUGUAUCCAGGCUAUAAAAUAAAGAACAAAUGGUAACAUAACAACUGCUCUUACAAGUCUUCUUUAACUCAUCACUGUGAACUGGGCAGUUAUAGACUAAUUAGUUCGAUUUGGCAAGAUAUCAUUCGCUUUAAUUUUGUAGUUCUGUACAAUUUUUCCCAUCCCCUUCAAAGUCAGUUUCCUUAUUUCUUAGUUAUGUGAGAGAACAAAUCAUCUCAAGCAUAAAAUAACCAUAAAUAAUAGCCUCGGGAACCUCACAGGAAAGAGGAAACAUAUACUUCAGAGUGUUCCAAAAGUUCGUUUAUCUAAUUUCACGCGCUAUAUACUUAUAUGAAAUUUCUUAAAGAUAUCGAUUUCACUAUCCAGUAAAUGCAGUCAAAAGUUCAGUAAUCCGGCAUGCCGCCUGUUUUUUUUUUAUUAUUAUUUAAUUCAUCGCAUACUGUAGCCGUUGCGGCAUAUAGAUGGUUAACUCAUCUAGUAGAUCUGGUAUAUCAGGAUUCUGAAUGUCGCAAAUGACACCUGUUUUCAGUUCCUUUUCUCUUUAAUAGCUUCCAGCGGUGGGUACCGGUACGACUCCAAAGCCUUUUUAUUUUCACUGGUAAACAAGCCAGGAUGGGCACCUGUUAAACUGCCUCAGACAGGGACAUACGGUUCAAGCAGAGCAUAUUCCAUAUAUUUUCACUCCUCAUAUGGCCCUAUAUUCGGAGGAGGACAUGACUUUUACAUUUACAACUACGCCUCAUCCAAUACCAAUUCUGCUAGCAACCUUGGCCAUACUUACGGCCCACCGAGGGGAUACAGCUACGGCACCACCUCCGCCCAAACAUUCCUGGCAGGAUCAUACUACUUCACACCAGACGAAAUAGAAACAUUCUACGAAACAACCUAUAUAUCCAGAUAA